UUGACUCAUGACGACAGCUUUUUGCUAGAAUUUUCAGCCUUUGACAAGUGGAUAUCACUUGCUUUAAUACCCAACGUGGACUUAUUUCACCCAAGUGCACAACUCACCGUGUUCAACACAAACGGCUCGACCAACGAUACUCAGCUUUUACGACCGCAUGAUCACCUUGUCUAUAAAGGCCAUGUGAACAAUGUCACACAUCAAUGGGCACGAAUUAUUAUGAGGCACGAUCUAGAGUACGUUUUAACCCUCGACAUUAAAAGUCUAAAUACAUUUACUGUGGAUUCAGAUAUAUACCAUAUUAAAACCACGCCUAAUUACCAUAUCUCCAAGCGGCAUGAUGAUCCCAAUACAGGUGGCGAGAUGGUAAUCUAUAGAGAUUCGGAUCAACAAGUUGAUGUUUUAGAAAAAAGAGAUAAACAUCCAUCCAUAGAUAUCACAUGUGCCAUGGAGGAACUCGCUUAUAACAGGAGAAUGACCGGUUCACAUGCGGCUCCCUUGAGUAAUGUCACUGACUCUACAUUUUCCAAUUUAUGGGAAAAACGAACUGUACUUGAUGUCACACCUGCACCCAUUACAUCCACCGCUGGUUGUCCUACCGCACGAAAAAUCGCUUAUAUGGGUGCUGCAGCGGAUUGCUCGUACGUAUUGUCUUAUGGAAGUGUGAGGUAUGCAAAACUUCAAAUGAUCAAUGAUUGGAACGUUGCCUCUGCUGUAUACGAAAAGACCUUUAAUGUGUCUUUGGGCCUCAUUUACUUACAAAUAUCUGUGCCUGAAUGCCCCAUCAAACCCAAAUCUUCUCUUGUUUGGAAUCAAGCAUGUUCCAAUUAUUACACAAUCAAUGAUCGCCUCAGUGAUUUUAGCCUUUGGCGCGGAAAAAAGGGCGAUGAUGGUGCUGCUCUCUGGCACUUGAUGACCAAAUGUUCAACAGGUGUUAAAGUGGGGAUUGCUUGGUUAAGUCAGUUAUGUGAAACCCAAUGUUUAAUUGUAGAUGAUGGUUCCUAUGAAUGGGUUUCAGGAACAGGUGUAUCCUCCAUCACAAGAGACGAGUGGAAAGUAGUAGCGCAUGAAAUUGGACAUGGAUUUGGUGCUAUCCAUGAUUGUACAUCGCACAUGUGUCCAUGUAAUGGAGAAUGUGGGUGUUGUCCUCUUAGUGAAACUGUAUGUAGUGCAGGCGAUACUUAUUUAAUGAAUCCUACCAGUAAUGUGACAACCAAUGAUUUUAGUCCGUGCUCAAUAUCAGAUGUUUGUAAUACAUUUCCAAACAUUGGUUACUGCCUAAACACGCCUGAUUUGAGAACGGGUGGUACUUUUUCACUUUGUGGAAACGGGAUUCUAGAGCCGGGAGAAGAGUGCGAUCCUGGAUUGACAGAUAGUCCUUGCUGUUUUGCCAAAACUUGUAAAUUAAAACCGAAUGCAGUAUGCGACAACCAAUGCUGUUUAAAUUGUGCAAUAGCACCACCCGAUACGAUCUGUAGACCUGCCGUGUCGGAAUGUGAUUCAGCGGAAUUUUGCACAGGAAGUAAUAGUUCGUGUCCUAUCGAUAUUCAUGAUAAAGAUGGCGCUUCAUGUGCGAAUGGCACCAUGAAAUGUGCCUCAGGUAUAUGCACUUCGAGGGAUCAGCAAUGCAUGGCCAGAGGUUUAAGGCAAAACAUAAGUGAACAAUGCUCGUUUCAACAAGAUUCAUGUUUGAUCAGCUGCACGGAUCCCAAGGACGCGAGAAAUUGUUUGAUGCUUAGCGGUAUGUUUUUGGACGGCACUGAAUGUGGAUUAGCAGGAUUUUGUGAGAAGGGAAGUUGUAAGGGGACAGGUGCACUCAACACAAUCAAGGCAUGGACUGCGAAAAACAAGGCCAUUGCCAUACCCGUGUAUCUCUUUGGUAGCAUCGGUAUACUCUUAAUCAUU